GAUAAAAAAAAAAAAAAAAAAAAAAAACACGAGCAUGAAUCAUGCUCUUCGGAUAUAAGCACCAUCACCCUAGAAAGGGACAGCCCCUGGAGGGUAGACACCCAAGCCAAUAGGCAAGAUAUUUUCCUGAGCUAUGAAGCAUCCUGCAAUCUUUGUGCUGUUUUGCCUGCCAGUCUGCUCUGCUUAUCCACUGAAUGGAGCAGUGAGGGAAAAGUACCCGAGCAUGGAUCUUGUCCAGCAAUACCUGGAGAACUACUACGACCUCGCAAAGGAUGUGAAACAGUUCGUCAGAAGAAGGGACAGCGGACCUGUCGUUAAAAAAAUCCGAGAAAUGCAGAAGUUCCUCGGGUUGGAGGUGACGGGGAAGCUGGACGCUGACACUCUGGCGAUGAUACGCAAGCCCCGGUGCGGCGUUCCCGACGUGGGCCAGUUCACCACCUUCCCUGGCCUGCCGAAGUGGAGGAAAACGCACCUCACCUACAGGAUUGUGAAUUAUACACUGGAUUUGCCAAGAGAGGCCGUCGACUCUGCCUUUGAGAAGGCUCUGAAAGCCUGGGAGGAGGUGACACCACUUACUUUCUCCAAGAUUUACGAAGGAGAGGCUGACAUAAUGAUCUUUUUUGCAGUUAGAGAACAUGGAGACUUUAUCCCUUUUGAUGGAUCAGGAAACGUUUUGGCUCAUGCCUAUCCACCUGGCCCUGGUUUAGAUGGAGAUGUUCACUUUGAUGAUGACGAGCUGUGGAGGGAGGAUAAAUCAGGAACCAACUUAUUCCUCGUUGCUGCUCAUGAAUUCGGCCAUUCCCUGGGUCUCUAUCACUCGGCCGACCCCACAGCUUUGAUGUAUCCCGUCUACAACCCACUCACAGACCUGACCCGCUUCCGCCUUGCCCAAGAUGAUGUGAACGGCAUCCAGUCCCUGUAUGGACCUCCCCCUACGUCAUCCCCUGAUGGCCCCGCGGUGCCCACGGAAUCUGUGCCUCCAGAACCUGGGACACCAGCCACUUGCGAUCCUGCUUUGUCCUUCGAUGCCGUCAGCUCUCUGAGGGGAGAAAUCCUGUUCUUUAAAGACAGAUAUUUUUGGCGUAGAACUCGCUGGAACCUUGAACCUGAAUUUCAUUUGAUUUCCACAUUUUGGCCCUCUCUCCCAUCAGGCUUGGAUGCUGCCUAUGAAGUUAAUAACAAGGAUACCGUCUUUGUGUUUAAAGGAAAUCACUUCUGGGCCAUCAGAGGAACCGAGCUACAAGCAGGUUAUCCGAAAGGCAUCCACACCCUGGGUUUUCCUCCGAGCAUAACGAAAAUAGAUGCCGCUGUUUCUGAUAAGGAAAAGAAGAAAACGUACUUCUUUGUAGAGGACAAAUACUGGCGAUUUGAUGAAAAUAGCCAGUCCAUGGAGCAAGGCUUCCCCAGACUAAUAGCUGACGACUUUCCAGGAGUUGGGCCGAAGGUUGAUGCUGUAUUUCAGGAAUUUGGAUUUUUCUAUUUCUUCAGAGGACCGUUACAGUUUGAGUUUGACCCGAAUGCCAGGAUGGUGACACGUGUAUUGAAGAGUAACAACUGGUUAUAUUGUUAAGUGAGAAGUGAAAGAGAUAGAUUCAUUUUAAAUGAAUCUAAUAAUUAUUCACCUAUUUUAUUUUAAGUCAGAGGGAUGAAUUUUUCCUGUGUGUGCAGUGGCCAAAGAAGAGGAGCCUUGCAGGCACUUUCAUGUGUCAUGGAGCAUUUAUCUGGGCCACUUCACUUGCUAUUGGAUUACAUUGACUAGAAGUUGGAUACAUCCAUGUACACUAGUCAGAGAACGUAUUUCCGUGGGUGUUU